AUGUCAUCCAUUCCACCACCCUUUGCGCCCUUUGACGCUGCACGCCACACAGAAGCGAACGGGCUCGAAAAAGACGUCGCGGACUUCAACCGCCAGUACGAGCUCAUCGGAGCUCCCUGGGACGAAAAGCCACCGGAGCGACUCGACUCAAUAAGCUCACAAGCCUCCCAGCUACGGCGUCGAAUCGACGACUUCGUUAACACAAGCUUAGGGAGUUGGGAGCCGGCGUUUGAGGUGUUCAUCGACCACAGUUUGGCGCUGACGUGGAAGAUGAAAGUCAUGAAUGACAUGCUAUCCAACCUCAAAACCUCCGGAAAGCUGGCUUCAAGCAAGUACUCUUACCCCCUCGUCCUCUCCCGCUCUCGUGCCAAGGCUCGCCUCCGCGCCGGCUACUCCACCCCUUCGUACCUGCACCAGGACAUACCAGUCACUUCGAAGAAGCAAGUCUUCGAGCAAAUCCAGUCCUGCGCGCAGUGGCGCGAGCGGUCCCAAGGCGCCAUCGCUCGCGCAAAGCAAUUCUCGAAUGUCUCGCCGAUCCACUUGCGGGACGAGCGAAGGAGUCUGGAGCUGUCGCAGUCGAAUUGCCGGUUGCGGUUGCAGAUUGCGCCUUCUCACGAUGCUGAGGUACGGGAGCUUACGCUGCUUCGGGUCCUUGUGGGCAAGGCGAAGGCAAUCGAGAAGCUUUGCAAUGGCAACAAUCUUCGCAUAGCGUCGGCGUGCUGCGAGGCUGGCUGGCUGGCGGCGAAUGCCGCAGGUCAUCCAGAUCCAGAAUCACUCAAGCUCGCAGGCUCCAAAAUGAUGAAUUUCAUUCUUGUCGAAUUGCUUGCUCACGAUUUGGGGCUCGCUGCUGUAAGGGAGGCGCAAGCUUUGCAGGACAUCAUAAUGGCUGAGAACGGUGUUCCUCUCUCUGGUGAGGCCCAGGCACAUGCUCUCGAGUUGUACAACUUGUACCCGCUGGAGUUUUUGAAGGACGAUCUCAUGAACGAAGCGGAUGCCGUAACGGAGACUGAGCAGCGGGGGUUGAAAGUUACAGUGGAGGAUGCGGAUGAGGAUGACGCGGAGGACGACUUGGGGGACGAGGUGGAGGAGAAGUGCUUUAUCUAG